AUGACUUGUCAAGCGUGGCACCGCCGCCAUCCUUUCGCGCUGCUCGCCCUCGUGCUUGCUGUGCUCAGCUUCUCCACGUCCAUCAUCAAGGCCAUGGACACGAGCAAAGAUUACUACAAGCUCCUGGAGGUCCCCGAGGACGUGUCCGACCGCGAGCUCAAGAAAUCGUAUCAUCAACUGGCGCUCAAGUACCAUCCGGACAAGGCCGAGAAUGCUGCAGAGGCGGAGGCUGCCAAGGAGAUGUUCGUACAAGUGUCGGAGGCCUAUGAAGUGCUGUCGGACCCGGAGAAGCGCAAGGAAUACGACGAUGCGCGACUGUUUGAGCGGUUCGCCAGUGGAACAGCUGAAGCUGCUGCCGGGUUCACUCAAGGUUCGAGUCAGACUCGAAGUGGCGGGAGCGAACCGUCGACUGAAGAGGCCAUGGCGUCGUUCACCAAGAUGUUCGAGGGCAUUUUUGGUCACGGGUUCAACGAUGAGGCCUUUGGUGCACCUUUUAAACGGGCCGGAGGCGCUGGUGGACAGAAGCCACCGAACAAGGAGUUCCGCUUUAGUGGCAUGGACGGCUUUGGUCAAGCGGGGCCGUCGCCGUCGGGGAAUGGAGGGUAUUACGUGGACCCGCGGUUGAAACAGCCAACGACGUUGUAUGGCUCGGAAUCGCCGGUCAAGUCGCUGUCGAAAACCAAGUUCCCGGGUAAAGAGUCUAACUACGAGUGGCUCGUGCAGUUUUACGCCAUGGACCCGCCGUGUGCUGAGUUCCGUUUCAAAUACGAGAAAAUCGCACGUGAUUUGAGAGGCAAAGUGCGUGUCGGUGCAGUGAAUUGCAGGAAGCACGCAUCGUUUUGUCGGGCGAAUGGUGUGAAGAACCCUCCGGGUUUUUUCUACAUCUGGGAAGGGCAGCUUAGCAAGUAUGAAGGCGAGAUGGACGAGUACCUCGUGUACAACUUUGCGAUGGACAAGCAUCUGGAGCGCUUGCGUCGGAUGCGCGAAUCUGGUGAGAUUGAAAAGUUGCAUGCUGGGAACGAAGGCUCGCUGUGCAAUUUAGGCAAGCGGGCCAAGUCCAAGACCACGUCGCAGUGCGUUGUAUUUGUGCUGUCUAGUGACGAGAAAGAGCAGCGCGAGAAGGAAAUGAAGGUGGCGAAAGAAGUGGCAGCCAAGUUUCGGCACUCGAAGGGUCUGCACAUUGCCUACGUCGAUUGGAAAAUCCAGCAGGAAGCGGUGCAGAAGCUCGUACAGACAGCUGCUGGUCGCAGUGACACAGAGCACCAACCCCGGCUUCUUGUCCUUCGAACGAAGCAAGGGAAAACACGUGUUGGGAUGCACCCUUUGGAUGCCGAGUACACGACCGAAGCUUUAUCUGCGACCAUGGAACGUGCAGUCGGCGGAGACUUGCCGCUGAAAAAAGUGCGAAACACUGUGCACUUUCGUUGA